AUGUGGAACGACGUGGAACUUCUAACCAGUGACGAUACCAACACAGUGCGACUGUGUAUCGACUCUAGACAGGAGUGUGGCAGUGCACUGUAUCAAGUUGAUACUCUUGUUAAACUAUCCUCCUCUGCACAGAUGUUGUACAGCCCAAUGCUGUACGCUUCAAGCAAUUCGAACCACAGCAUUGUCGUUGCCGACAUGACCGUGGUCCUCUUUGACCAGAACUUCCAGUCUGUCCUACUGCAGCUUCAUUUCAGCACUCUGGUGGACACAGUGGGCGUGUGUCAGAACGGUCAGUUUUUACUGGUCGGGGAGAGAAACGGAAACCUUCACCUGAUCUAUGUACCACAGAAGAAGACGGUGUUUACAAGAGCUGUUCUGCAGACGCCUCAGUGCGAUAAUGAGAAGACCUUCAGGAGCCUCGUCAUGCAGGAGGACAAGGUGGCCCCAGGGUCGUACCACCUGUUCCUCAUCGUCUCAGGCGGGUUCCUUCACAUUUCCAACCUUCAGCUGGAGAAGAUUGAGAGAGCCAUUGAGAAAAUGGACAUUGGUGCCUUGAAAGAGCUACAGGCGCUCAUGAAGAUGGGCUUCUCCUCUACCACGGAGGUGCACAGCCAAUGCCUGUCCGCCGUGACUGCCGAUCUGACCAAUGAGAUCCUCCUCAUGAUCGGGGGCAGCGGGGAAAACGCUCUGACCCAGUGGAGAAUGAGCUCUGCAGAGAGAACCAUGUCUCUCAGCAGUCUCCUGGACAACAAGCUAAUUCCAGGAGUGAGAAAGGUCCAAGUGAUGGAAAACCUGAUGUAUAUUCUGGAUGAAGAGAAUGUUUUGAGCAUUUGGGAGGCCAACUUCUUGGUAAUGGUGUCGUACUGGUCUCAUCUCUCCGUCUACGACUUCCUGCUCACCACCGAGGGGGAGACUGCGUCUGCUAGCAUGCAAGAAGACGCCAGUCUGAAGCUCAUUGCUCUGACGAUGCUGAACAGUAGUCAGAUGCGGAGUCUCCUGGUGUACUCUGUCUCCUCCAUGACGGUGCUGUAUUCCCUGGAGGUCUCCGCCGCCUCCUGCCUGGUUCAGACGGGCAUCAGCAUGGACACCAUUUAUUUGCUGGAAGGAAUUUCGGAAAGUCCAGACAGUUCUGACGGUCUGGUGUCUGCCAUUGUUUUGAGAUGUUUCACAGAAGCUCUGCCAGAAAACAGGCUCAGCCGCCUGCUCCACAAACACAAAUUUAAAGAAGCGGAAACGUUCGCCAAACAGUUUGGGCUUGACGUUGAGCUGGUGCACAAGGUGAAGCUGGACUUCUUGUUGGAGAAGCUGGCCGCCGCCUCCGUGGGGGGGUGUGGGGAAGCGAUCUGGUCUGAGGUGGUGGAGGACGCCAAGACUAACCUGGUCAAGAUCAUGGACGAGCAGUUUGUGGUGCGGUACUGCAUGCAGGCCCCGUGGCCCACCUUCAGCAUCGCGGAGGAGAUGCUGAACCACGCCGCCUCCCGCUACCCCUCCUCCCAGAUCCAGGAGGCGCUGUCCAAACUCGCCACCUUCUGCGGGCUCAACGGGCCCCACAGGUUCAGUGGAGCCUCCUGGAUUAAGUUCCUGAACAGUGGCGACUACAUGGCGGACAUCCUCUCACACCUGAGGCAGGGAGAUCUCAAAGGGGCUCAACACCUGUGGCUCCGACACGAGUGGGAGUUUGUGGAGCGAUUUGAUGAGAGAGUUUUAGACUCCCUGCUCUCCUCAAUCCCUGAGAACGUUUCGUCCAAAGACCUCUGUCUGUGGUUCAAAAGCGUCAUCGUUCCCUUUGUCAGGAGGACGAUACCCAAGGGACAGAAAGCCUUGGCACGGUGGUUGGAGCAGAGGGCAAGGAAUCUGCAGCUGACAGAAAAGGGCGAUUGGCCCCAGAAUGGCCUGGAAUUGGCUGAGUUGGGUUUGCCCUCCUUCUGGCUCUGGAUGCCUCUGGAGGACUUCGGGGCUGAAGAGGUGGAGCAGCUCAGAGCUCUGGUGGCCAGUCUGCGGCAGCUGCUCGACCUGUACAGGAAAUACAACUACAGGCUGUCCCUGUCCGACUUUGAGAAGGGGAACACCAGGAGCAUCGCCCUGCUGAUGCUGGAUAAGGUUCUGGCCCCGGAGCUCAUUCCCUCGGUGAUAGACAGCAGCGUCCGGCCCUACGCCCUGGCCCACCAGCUCUCCCUGGAUGACCUGCUCCUGCAGUACAUCAAGGACCUGCUGGAUCGCUGCAGCUCCCAGACCACCUCUCUGUUCACAGAGUGGGAAGGCAAAGCCGUGGCAGUGCUGGGCUGCAUGUCUGACCCCGAUCUGGUGGUGGACGCCGUGCUGGAGAUCAUGUAUAAAGCCGUGGUGCCCUGGAGCCAAGUGGUGGAGCAGUUGGUACAGCAGCACCUGGAGAAGGAGCACCCAAAGCAGGAGCUGCUGAGAGAGAGCUACCGCCUCAUGGAGAUGAAGAAGCUUCUGAGGGGCUACGGGAUCCGCAACUACAAUCUGUCCAACAACUGCCAGAUCAUGACCCUGGUGAGGUACAUCCUGAAACAGAGCCUGCCAUCCUCCCUGGAGGAUGCCCUGAAGCUGGCCCAGGCCUACAGGCUCCCCUCGGCCCAGAUCCACUUCCUCUACUUCAUCCAGCUGCUGGGGCAGGCCAAGAGGGAAGCGGGUGUGAUUCUCCUGAAGCAGCUGUCUCUCGGGGAGGCUGAGCUGGUGAUCGAGAAGCUGGCCACGUGGGCUCGGCUGGAGCUGCAGGACAAGGCUCAUGUCUCCGAGGAGCAUAAGCAGCACCAGAUGCUGGUGGCUCAGGUGAUGGUGGAGGUGAUGAAAUUCCUGCAGAGGAUCCAGAAAGAUGAUGCUUUUAAAAGCCUGGAGUGUGAAAACAACCUGAAGAUGUUUGAGGCGAUCGCUCACCUGCAGGAGGACUUCGACAUCUUCCUGACGCCCGAGGACUACGCGGACGCCACCCUGCGGGCGCAGUUCCAGGAGCAGCACAUCACGGCGUACGAGAACACGCGCGCGCGGGGCGGCGCUCCGGGCCCGCCCAGUGCCGCCGCCGCCCCGGUGGUGGCCAACGACGCCGACGGCAAGAUCAAGACCAUCUCCACCGAGGCCGGCCUCCACCGCCUGGCCCGCCAGCUCCAGCGCACUGAGCAGCAGCUGUGGGCCGACCUGGCACUCCGAGCCCUGGGGGUGGGCAAGGUGGAGAAGGCCCUGAAGAUCUGCAGCGAGCUGUACCAGCACCACUGCAACACCAGCACGGGCCGGGUCUUCUUCCACGCCGCUCAGAAGCUGUGCCAGAUGCUGGAGGAGAACGUGCCCAUGAUCGUCCCUGAGGGCCUGAACCUGCCCGCUGUCAUCCACCAGCUGGCCUGCCAGGCCGUCACCGUCUGCCACCCAGACCUGCUGCUGGACUGUGUGGAGCUGUGUAAGAGUACCCGUGCUGCUGUGGACGUGUACAGGCAGUGCCAGAUCGAUGACUACGGCUUCACUGCGAAGGAUUCCUCCCUGGAUGCGGAGCGCGAUCCGUACACCGAGUGGAGUUUCCAGGACGUCUUUAGCGAAGACGGCAUUGUCCUGGAUCCCGUGUCCGUCCUUCCCGUGCAGUAUGAGAUCACCACCACCUUGCUGCCCUCGUCCUCAGAUUCUAAGCUGUACCCUCUGGACUGCUCCUGUCUGUCCAACUGCUCUUAUGUGGAAGGGGCAGACCUCCUGAAGCCCCUGCUGGGCCCUGUAUCAGUGAUGCUACAGAGUCUGCAGGAGUGCAGUCAGCUCCAGCUGGCCCUCCGCCUGCUCCUGAGCUCCUUCAGCAGUGCCCUGCAGCACGUCACCUCCAACAACAUGGAGCUAGCGCUUAGCUCUCAGCUCCAUGACAGCCAUCGGCUGCUGCGGGACAGAGAGCGGCUGAGCGAAACGGGCAAAUCCACCCUGGACUCCAUCAGGGCCGUCGCCAUCGCGCUCCUGCACAAGGUGCUGAAUUGGAGGGUGGUAGAUUGUGAUCUGGCCAUUGGAUACUGCACUCUUCUCCCCAAGAAAGACGUGCUUGAAAUACUGUGGAAGGUCAUCAACAACACCUGGCAAAACUAUGAAAAGAUCUUGGCUGUGGCCAUGGUCGGGGCCAAUCUCUGCUCUCUGUACAAAGAGGACCAGCAGCGGCAGAAGUUCCGGUCCUUGAUGACAGACGCGGAGUGGGGAAUCAAACUCGGGAAACUGGGGAUCUCCAUCCAGGCGGUGUUCAGGCAGUGUCGGGAGCUGAAGCGGAACCUGAUCCCCACGCUGGUGAAGAACAGGAACAUGACCGCGGAGCUCCUCCUCCAGUACUGCAGCACCUACCAGCUGGACGGAGACGCUGCGCUGAACCUGUACAUCACCACCCUGCUCCUGCAGCAGGAGGUGGAGGAGGACCUGGGUGGGGAUGACACCGGGAUGGGCGAUACCGGCGUCGGCCAGGGGGAGGCGCUAGGCCACGAGGACGCCCUGGAGCGAGCCCUGCACAUCAUCCCUCGCCUGCACAGCACCAGCGAGCUGGUCAUCGGCCUCAGCGCUGCUAUACUCAAGCUCAGCCCGUAUAAUUACGAGAGGAUUGAAGCCGUUCUCAAAAUCAUACAGACUGCUGAUGAGAAGAUAACCAGUCUCCCGCUGGAACAGGCAGUGGGGCUGCUGCAGCACCUGAAGUCGUACAGGCGUAUCUCCCCCCCGGGGGAGCUGGAGAGCUGCUACCUGCUGGAGAACGCCCUGGAGCCCUCUCCCCUGGCCCAGGGCCGGCUGCCCUUCCACCUGCUGCUGCAGACCAGCCGCUACUUCUGGAAGAUCAUCUCCCCAGAACUCAGUGAGGAAACCUUUCCUACUCUGCUGCUUAUAAGCAAACUGAUGAAGGUGAGCCUGGAUAAGCUGUACAUGACGGCGGUGUACCACGUGUUUGAGAAGAGCCUGAAGCCCCUGCUGCUGGAGCAGGCCAAGAGGGCGCAAGGCCACGCGCCCAGCAGAGAGGCCGCCAGGACGGCCAAAACCAUCAUGGACUACGUCCUCUGCAUCAAGAACCCAGAGUGGGCCGCCGCCAGCGCACACAAAAUCGCCCAGGAGCUCCCGGCAGGUGUGGAGAAGACCAGGUCCCUGAAGUUCUGCUUAGCUCUCGGGGACAAAUGGCUGAAAUUCCCCAACCUGGAGGAGGAGUCUCGGGGGAAGGCGGAGAUCUUCAUGGAGAAGCUGAAGCUGCAGUACCAGCGCUCGGCCACGGAGAACACCCUGCGGUCCGGCUGCCUCGGCUCCCCGGAGCUCCAGAAGCUGACGGGCCUGCCCGCGCGGCUCAUCGUGGCCCUGUGCGAGCACGGCAGCGUGGAGCAGCGGAUGCGCGGCCCCCUGGGCCAGGCCCACCCCGACAUCCACGCCGUGGUGAAGGAGAUCGCGGGGAUAAACAAUGUGGAUCUGUGCAAGGUGCGCGACAUGCUCCUGGAGAAGUGGCUUUGCAAAACGGGGCAGUCUGCAGUCAAGGAAAUGAACUUCCAGGACUCCGUCACUGACAUCAGAGAGGACCCUGACCUCAUGAGGGUGGUGUACCUGCUGCAGAUGUACCCCAUGGACUUCAGUUCUCGGCUGCUCAACACCAUCCUGACUGCUGAACAGUGGCCCCUCAGCCGGUCGGGUCCUCGUCUCACGUUUUCCCACCGGAGCCGUGUGCUGCUGUGCCUGGUGCACAUCGCCGACCCCCCCACGCUGGAGACCCUGCUGCACAUCGACCGCACCAAAGUCCAGUAUCACCUGAAGUGCCACAUCUACCUGUCGCAGCUGGAGGCCCUGAACAUCCCCUACACUGUGGAGUCUUUCCUGAGCAGCCCCAAAGAGGGCAUGAUCAAGGGCCUGUGGAAGAACCACAGCCACGAGCCCCAGGCGGUGCGUUUGGUGGCUGAUCUGAGCCUGGAAUACCAGGUGUUCGACCCACAGCUGUGGAACGGGGUUCUGCAGAAACUAAUGGGCUUCAACAUGAUCAGCUACCUGCAAAAAGUGCUGGAGGUCCUGGCAGCUGUACCGUCCGUCUGGCAGGUGUCCAACUUCCCCCGCACCUGGAGGAGUGUUAUUCUUGCCCCGUUCAUGUCAGUGUCUCUUCCCCUGAAUUCGGAACAGAUCACCACCCUGUACAAGACGUUCCUCCUGCUUCUGAAGUGUCCCUUCCUGCUGAACCUGGACCUGAUCGGAAUCGCCAAACGAUUCGCCCAGGCCGUGCUCCCCGCUUUCUCCCUGGGAUCCCUCCUGCUCAUCCCCUGCUCCCUGAAGAAGCAGGAGCAGAUUCAGCGUUUCCUCUGCUCCUGUAACCCCCUGACGGUUCUGGAGCAGGUGGAGGAGCACAUGAGCACAGGAGAGCUGGCUGGAGUACCCAGACAGAUCAGGGAGACGGUGCUGACCUUUGUCUGCCAGAACGGUCACUACGACAAGCUGGUGAAGACCCAGCUCUUCCCCCUCCUCAAGGAGCAUGUCACGUCCAGUGGCCAGCACCACAAAGUGAGAGACCUGGUGGACUACCUGCUCAGCAGGAACAGUGAGGAGGAAGCCACUUCGAUCGCCAGGGAAUUUCUGAGACUCAAGGAACUGAAGGGAGGAAAACCUGUUUCCCGCAACUGUGCUACACCUGAGGGUCUGAAGGAGUUUCUGAGGAAAGAAAAUGGAUUUUCGGGAUAGAUAUGUUGCAUCUCUCCGUUCUGACUUCACUUGCCCAAUGCUGGCAAUAAUUGUUUCACCUGUUUGUAUCUGUAAUAUUUCUAAACUGUUUUCUAUAAAUAAAACACUUUAAAUAAAAAAUAAAGAAAAAAAAUGAAACAUGAGAGAAGAGCAUGAACAUG